AGUGUCUGUGUCUGUGUGUGUGUGUGUGUGUGUGUGUGUGACUUGCGUCUUUUGUUGGAACCAAGGCCUAGUUUUCAUUUAGUGAAUCUAACAAGAGCCAAACCUGUGCUGCUUUCAUGUGAGCUUUGAACAUUUUGUCCUCAGAUUAUUUUGUUUCUCAGAACAUAAUGUAUCUCACAAAAUUGAAUAUGCACCACACUUCAUAACACCAGAUAAGAGUGCUUUUUUCUCAAUGUGUUUGCAGGGUAUUUUUAGACUUGCAAUGUCUUUAUUUUGUAUGCUUUCAGGCAUACUUAAUAGUCUAAAGAACAUGUCGAAUAAUUACUGUAUCCUGGACUAGCCCCCUGAUUACAGUAUGUUGCAUUUUUCAUCUAGGUUAAAGAUGCAACAUAAAGUGGACAGGGUAAACUCAUCGUUCCAAACCCAAUUUUUGGAGGGCUUUAUCGCUAAAUAAAUGCACCAGGUUCAGAUUGUUAGUAGAGGGUCUAAGACAAAAUGGGUUGCAGAUAAGGGGACAUUGCUGUAAAAGUAACCAAUGGACAUAUUAGAGUCCUAUUCAAAAAAUUUUUAGCAUGUGGAAUGGAGAGCACAAAAAGGUAAUCUCAAGUUUAAAAUGAAGUCAGAGUGUGACAGCAGUGGAAAAAGGAAGCUCAUGCAUGCUGGCUGGUAUUUUACUGCUUGCUUAUGAGUCAUCUUACUUUUAUCUGUACUUUUGCUUUUCUGAACGUGACUGGAAUGAUGACUGAAUGGAUGACCAGAGUUUCUGUCCCCAUGUGUUUCUUUCAUUCUCCGGAUAAAAAACGCCUCCAUGACUGAGCGAGCAUUUGAUUGUGCUUUAUUUGCAGGCAAAUGAAUCACCUGUUCUGUUUCAGAGGGAGAGCUGUGGGAAUGUCCACUGGUUAACAGCUAAUCAAAUGUUGCAGCAGAAAGCUCCAUUAGAAGCGCAGACAGAUUCCACAUUGUUUUUCUAAUCGUUUCCACUCUUUCAAUGGGAAACAGCAGUAAAUUUCAAAGAGGCUGUGUAAAUGUUCUCAGCAGGAGUUGGUUUUCCAGUAUACUUAGCUUCGUAAAUGACGAUAUUGCCAUUAUUUUUUGAACAAAGGCAUUUGAAGUCCAGUAUGUUCCUCUUCUGGGACACCACCCUAAAGCGGCAGACAGCUGCAUUUGGGACGCUUUUAAAUUCAUUGCGUGUGAAGUCAUGCCCAUGUCGGUUAUAGCGCCACACAGUCUUAAUUUCAAACUGGAUGUCAUUCUAUUGUUAGUUCAAAUAACUGUUUUUACAAAUGUUCUUAAUUUUUUUUCUAAAUGAUGUUCAAGCGUUUUUCCCCCCAAUCUUUUUAUGUUUUUUCCCCUUGACUACCAAGAGGUCACAGUUGUGCGGCCCACAUGCCUUCCUUCCUGUCUCAGCCCCUCUCUCUGAUCACAUGUAAAAUGUUCCUCUGACAGAUUGCUGUUUGGUGCCGACCGGAGCUUAGAAUGAUCUCAUGAGGUUUUGUUUUAUUGUUUUAAUACAUGUGCUAUGAAGUUUUUGGGCAAGUAACUCUGGAAAGACAGAUAAACAAAAGAGCUUGCGGUCUCAAACAGGGAAAGACAGAGGAACCUUCAAGAAAGGCAGGGAAGACGGAGGAUAAUAAUCCUUGAGAAUGAAGGUUCGUCGCAAGAGGAAUAGCAAUUUGGAUGAUAACUCAGGGGCCGCCCAGGAUAGACCACCUUUGCUAAACUUUGGGGGGAAAGACAAUCCGAGGGAGUACAAGAGUGGGCAGAAGGGCACAGAAGAGAGUGUAAAGCUUUCAUGGAAUCACAUUCCAGGACAAAACUGUUGGCCGGCUGCUGUCAUAGCAGCAGGAUUACUGUUGGCAGGGGCAAUUGGGCUGUUUCAUGCAUGGUGUGUUUAUUCUAUACACGAAAACCUGCUGUGGUUUUCACAGUUAAAGGAAGUCGAGCGUGAAAUCUCCUUCCGGACAGAAUGUGGCCUUUAUUACUCCUACUACAAACAGAUGUUGAAGGCGCCUUCUAUACAGCAAGGUCUUUAUGAGCUAAUUCAUGACGACACUACUGAAUCAAAGAGAACAAUAAACAUCCUACAGCGUAUGAAUAUCUACCAAGAAGUGUUCCUUAGCAUUUUGUACAGAAUACUUCCCAUCCAGACCUACUUGGAGCCAAUUUAUUUCUACAUCUACACAGUGUUUGCUUUGCAGACAGUGUAUGUCAUCGCCCUCUUUAUCACUAGUUGGUUACUCAGUGACUCCUGGCUGGCUGGAGCCCUCAGUGGAGUCUGGUACAUUCUCAACAGAGUGGACACCACACGCGUGGAGUUUACCAUCUCACUAAGGGAGAACUGGUCAAUACCUUUCUUUGCUCUUCAGGUGGCUGCCAUAACCUGCUACUUAAGGCCACAGCUAAAACCUAUUCACCAGAGGGUGGUACUGUGGCUGGUGUUCGUCUCCACCUUCUGCUUCUGUUUGACAUGGCAAUUCAAUCAGUUUGUCCUGCUGGUGCAGGCCCUUAUAAUCUUUACUCUGGAUUGCCUGGACUUCCUCACAGCGGAACAGGUGGUUUCUCUGUACCUGAUGCAGGUGUUGAGUCUGUUAUUGGUGUGGUUACUGCAGUUCUGCAAUUCUAUGAUUCUGGGCUCUCUGGUGCUCAGCUUCAUUGUGUCUGCCCUCUUCAUCAAACACUUCCAGACGGGACUAAAGACGGGCGGCUUUGUCAUACGAGUAGGAAAACUGGCUCUUCACACACUCCUAGUCCUCACAUUAACUUUCACCAUCAAUUAUUCAGCCAAGAAAAUACUCCAACUGAAAUCCGAUGAGCACAUCUUUAAGUUCAUAAAGGCCAAGUUUGGCUUCGGGGCAACGAGAGACUUUGAUGCCAGUCUCUAUCUGUGCGAAGAGGCUUUUGGCUUGUUGCCAUUGGAUACAUUUGAGCGGUUGGCUGGCACAGUGCUGCUCUAUCCGUAUCUGUGCACACUCAGUGUGCUCUUCAUCUUGCUGCUGCUGGUGGCACUCUCUAAUCUCAGCACAAAUGGGUCAGGCCAAGCAAGCAGGGAGAAAGAGGACAGGACCUUUAGGAUACGUCCGGACGUCGCUUACAAUCUCUUGCACACCGUCUUCUUCGGCCUGCUCGCCUUUUCCACUAUGAGAAUGAAAUAUUUGUGGACUGGCCACAUGUGUGCUUUCGCUGCCUUUGGGGUGUGUGGUAAGGAGGUGUGGUCGUUGUAUCUGAGGGUCCUUCACUGCAACACUAAAACCACGAUGAGACUGAUCAGGUACUCUGUUCCUAUUGUAAUACUGGCGUUUCUUUAUUACAAGUUCUGGCCCAGACUGAUGGAGGAGAUUUCUGAGCUGAGAGAGUUUUAUGACCCAGACACUGUGGAGCUAAUGGAGUGGAUCAGAUUGAAGACACCCAAACGGGCCGUGUUUGCAGGCAGCAUGCAGCUGUUGGCUGGCAUUAAGCUGUGCACGGAGAGAAUAUUGACAAACCAUCCACACUAUGAGGACCAAGCACUGAGAGAGAGGACCAGACAGGUAUAUCAGAUCUAUGCGCGUCAGUCUGCUGAGGAGGUUCAUAAAGUUCUCUGUUCAGUUGGAGCGGACUACAUCGUACUGGAGGACAGCAUCUGCUACGAACGCAGACACAGCCGUGGUUGUAGGCUGAGGGACCUGCUCGACCUGGCAAACGGACAUAUCAUGGAUGGCCCAGGUGAAAACGAGCCAGACCUCAUCCCGGCGACUCACCCGCGUUUUUGUGAGGCCAUUAAGACCGACAUGCCUCCGUAUUCAACCCUCUUCACACGAGUGUUCAAAAACAAGACGUUUAACGUGUACAAACUCAAGAAACUCAAGAAGAAAAACAAAGCUGAGAACGGUCCGUAAUGCUCAUUCCUCAACAGCAGUCGCCCACCUUCAAUGGAUGGAUGAACGCCCCAUCUGGAAUGUUCAAUGAGUGUGUGAUAGUAGCAGGUGUGUGUGUGUGUGUGUGUGUGUGUGCGGGAGAGAGAUUGGAGAGAUGCCUGAUUGAGCCAGCACGCACUCGAUGAUUUGGUGUGUGUUUGUGUGUGUAAAUCUGCUCUGAGCCGGUCCGCCGCAACAGGAGCUCAAGUUUAACAUGGAGAGACGGGAGGAAAAGCUCUUUUUCUCACAGUCUGUCGCACCUCCUCACUCUCUCUCUCUGAUCAUCACAUCUCUUUCGACACGUGCCCUUCCACCAAACACACAUUUAUGCUCUUUCUCACACAAUGCGAACUAAAGACGCAACAACUGCUUUCACAGACUCAUUCCUGUCACACUUCCAACAAAAUCAAAUGAGGAAAUAGCAAUGGGUAACAAUGCUUUGUAACUGGAAUUCACAAGAGCAGUUUGGGGUAAUUAGUGACUGUGGCAGUGUUGUCUUUAUAUCUGCCAAACUGUGUCAAGCUGGGCUACAUCCUGCUGUUUGGUUGUGUAAAAAAAAAAAAAAAAACCUGAAGCACCAGCCUUACUCAUGGGCAUAAAGUGCCAUAAAUACUCCUAAGAAUAAAUGUGGCAAAAUUUACUUUGACCUACUUUUGGACUAGUGUAUAUGUUUUGUGCAUUACUUGUGUAAGUAGGAGGCCACUAUAGAUGGUUAAAAAGGAUUUAGACAUUUGGCAUUGUAAACAGGGACAUUUUAGUAUGUUUUAGGUUGAACAGCUGAAGUGUUCUUAAAGGUUAGACAUAUCCCAUCACAUUUCCUUAAUCCUGAAUUGUGAAGUUGUAGUUCGGUUGAAAUAUUCAGUUUGGGUAUUUUUAAAAUGUGGUUAAAAAUAUUGAACAGUCAACAAUGUUAUGAUGCUAAUUUUUCCAUCUUAAGCUCUAAAGGAAGAGCCUUUAGUGUAUGAAAGUGCCUUUCCAUUUUUGGAUAAGCUCUGCUUCGCUAGCGACUCGUGCAUUCAAAAGACCUUCAAAUGAGUGGCCUCAAGUGCUACCGAAAUUUACCUACCAUCAAUCUUUGCUGCUGUGUUUUUUCUUCCCCAGGAUAUUGGAUGAAUAUCUUUGUACUGAGGUACAAAACCGUUUUAAAUAACUUUAAAGUGUUUAAAGAUAAACAUGGUGUUUCUUUUCUGCAAAUUCGUUUUGUAGCAUGAGAGCUCCUCUGUGACAUUCUGUGAUUGUAUUAUAAUAUGGUGAAUUAGUUGUUGUUAUCUUACCUGUCAGACGACUUUCAUGUAAACCUUUGCUUCACACAACAUCUCUGUCACAACACAUUGUUCCUCAGGCGAUGAUCUUUAUGGAGCUGUGUGCUUUGAUUUCAUAUGCUGACAUUGUUUAACUGUAAGAGUUAUUUGGUAUGGCUCAUUGCACUAGUUUGUUACUGUGGUAUUUCACUCAGAUGGAUUGUUCCCAUUUGUGUCAAAAGUGUUGAUUUGUUUUUGGAUGUUCGGUGUUCGUUUCCAUUUUUGUAUUAAAGCAGAUUUGAAUGGUGGA